AUGCCCAAUCCCGCCCCCAUCAUCGACAACAAGCCCGCUCCCAAUAUCUCAUACUUCACCCCCGCUCAGGAUCCCCCCGCAGGAACCGCCGCCAAUCCCCAAUCCGAUGGCCAAUCGCCUCCCAAACUCUUCCAGCCACUUUCCAUCCGCGGUCUCACCCUGCAGAAUCGUAUUGGCCUAUCCCCCCUCUGCCAAUACUCCGCCGACGAUGGCCACCUGACGGCCUGGCAUAUGGCCCAUCUGGGCGGCAUCGCCCAGCGCGGACCCGGGUUCAUCAUGAUUGAAGCCACCGCAGUCGAGCCCGAGGGCCGCAUUACCCCGCAGGAUGCCGGGCUCUGGCAGGACUCGCAGAUCGAACCCAUGCGCCAGGUCAUUGAGUUCAUCCACAGUCAAAACCAAAAGGUCGGCGUGCAGAUUGCCCACGCCGGCCGCAAGGCCUCCACUGUGGCCCCCUGGCUGUCCUUCAACGACACCGCCGUCGCCGAAGUCGGCGGAUGGCCCGACCGCGUCAAGGGUCCCUCCGACAAGCCCUUCACCGAUCGCUUCCCCACCCCCAAAGCCAUGACCACGGCGGACAUCGAGGAUCUCAAGACCAAGUGGGUGGCCGCCGUCAAACGCGCCGUCGCGGCGGGGGCCGACUUUAUCGAGAUCCACAACGCCCACGGCUACCUGCUCAUGUCCUUCCUCUCGCCCGCGGUCAACUCCCGCACCGACGAGUACGGCGGCAGCUUCGAGAACCGCACCCGGCUGAGUCGCGAGAUCGCCCAGCUCACGCGCGACGCCGUGCCCCCGACGGUGCCCGUCUUCCUGCGCGUGUCGGCCACCGACUGGCUGGAGGAGUCCCGGCCGGAUCUGCCCAGCUGGCGGCUGGAGGACACGGUGCGGUUUGCUAAGGACCUGGCCGACAGCGGGACGGUUGACCUGCUUGACGUCAGCAGCGGCGGCGUGCACGCCGACCAGCACAUCCACGCCCGUCCUGGUUUCCAGGCGCCUUUUGCGGCGGCGGUGAAGAAAGCCGUGGGCGACAAGAUCUACGUGGGGUCGGUGGGCAUGAUCGACUCGGCGCAUCUGGCGCAGUCGCUCCUCGAGAAGGAUGGACUCGAUGUGGUCCUAGUGGGUCGGGGAUUCCAGAAGAAUCCCGGGCUGGUGUGGACGUGGGCGGACGAGCUGAACCUAGAGAUCAGCAUGGCCCAUCAGAUCCGGUGGGGAUUUGGGAGCCGGGGGGGUCUUACAUACUUCUAG